AUGUCUACCGCCACGAAUUCGCCUACAAGUCCGUUUGUGUUGAUAGACCCGCCGGUCACGGGGGAGGACGAGACUUCUUCGACAACUACACAUGCUAGUCUUCCUAGGGCUCCGUGGAACUCUGCUAUCCCUCCUAGUCUUUCCAAGACCCCUCUAUUACCCCUCCCUACCGAUCUUCUUAUCAAGCAACUUCAAUAUUAUAUCGAAACUCAUGAUACGGAUUUCUAUUCUCACAAGUGGUUUAAGGCCCAUACAAGUCUUCUCAAAAUCAUUAAAAUUCUUGACGAAAAUGCUUCAAACAUCCAGGUCAUCAACUAUUGCAUCGUCAAACUUCACAAUGUCAAUACUCGGGAGGAACUUAUGGCCUACUUCGAUCGACGUCUAUUCUUUUCUCACACACGACUCAAGCAGUAUGACGCCGCAUGGGAUAUGCUUCCAAAGCUAAAAUUCGACCAAGAGAAAUCUCCACAGUUGUGCUAUGAAACGUGCAAGGAACUGUUGUCGGCAGCUGGGUUUCUAGAACGAGCUUCCAAAAUACGGGUUCAACCGUGGCAUCCGGAUAUGGCAACCAGAGACUGGUUACUCAACCAAGCAGAGAUCUGCUGCCGAAGAGCCAUCGAUGCUGCUACUGUCGGAGAUGUGGCCUUGAUUCACCGGCCUGGGAAAUAUGAAACAUAUGCUAUGAUGGCAGUUAUCAAGGGUGAGCAAAGAAACCAUGAAGAUGCCGCCUUUUGGAAGAGCUUGAUUCUAGCCGACGGGAUGAACGUGGAACGGGAAGUUAUAUUCUUCCCAGUCCUUACAAGCUGGAUGGAAGAGUUCAAAGAUGUAGUGGACAUCAUCGUGCAGAACUACCCCAAGCCAGAAGGCGAAGGGCCCGCCGCAGAAUCAGGAGCGAAGCAAAAGCCAAGGAAAAGGCUCGAGAAUCUCCCCGAGGAAACAAUCGAAGAACUCAACGAGGAAUCCGAGGAGAAAGUUCCAACAGCCAAAACACCAAGCAAAUCUGACGUCAAUGAUGGAGGUGUGAAAGUUACCAAGGAGUAG